AUGAAUGUCUUCCUCCAAUACGCCAUCAUAACAGGAUGUCUCCUACUACCAGCUUUGCUCAGCGUGAGCGAUGCUCAGAUCUCAAUGUAUGUGCCUCUCAACAUGGGGGGACUGAAGGGUCAUGUCCGGUUCGAACAGCAGAAUCCUUCGAUCCGGAACGUGACUAUCACUAUUCAUCUCAUGACUUCGGGAGAGGACGCCCGACGUGCGAGAUAUUCGUGGUUCCUCCACGAGUUUCCGGUGUUCUUUGAUCAGAAACAGCCCUGCGCUUUGAGCGAACUUGGCAGAACGCGUCAUGAUCUGGGCCGACGUCACGGAAUCUUGGAGAUCGGGCCUCCAGGAAAUAUGUCUGAGGUCACCUUCUACGACUCGGAGAUCGAGCUCGAAGGACCGAACUCGAUCUGGGGUCGGGCCUUGCUGCUGAGAGCCAGCGACUCCACUCAAGGCGAUCAGCGCGCCUGUGGAAACGUUCAAGACGACGGGAAUAUCCGAACCGCGGAGGCAACUUUCCACAUCCCUGUCGCGGGACAAGUGAUCCUCCGUCAAUCGGAGCCAGGGAUCACAACGAUAUUCACGAAUCUCUUCCACACGGGAGACGACUACAUGCCGGCUGGGAGAUAUGACUGGCGCAUACUGAUAUCUGAUAUUCUGGACGCGGACGCAGCCAAGAGAUCGGAGAAACGAUGCGAUUUUCUCCAGAUCGUCUUCGAUCCGGACAACAAAGUUCAACAGUUCUCUGAGGAGGCUUGCAAUAGCAAAGAUCACAGCCGAUGUCGCUUAGGAGACAUGAUCCGCAAGCACGGAGAGAUCACAGUGGCGCCCACCAAUUCAAGAUAUUCGAAGAAGUUCUACGUCGACACGAAUUUGGCUCUCAAUCAUCUCGACGGGUACAGAUCAUUGUACCUCGCCAUAUACGAAAAAGCGAAUCCGUUUCGAAUCAUGGCGUGCUCAAAGCUCAAUAUCGUACCAUCGAGAAAAGUCCUGACUUAUUUCGAUUCGGAUGGGGUGAGGGGCACCAUUCAGAUGGAACAGAGGUACAAAAUGGACCCUACAGUGCUGAAAAUCCAGCUUCAAGGUCUUCGAGGACGUGGUGGUGCUUACCACGUACAUGAGUUCCCCGUCAAUUCCGCAGCUCUGUCUCUCGGACCGGAGCGUUGUUCGAUAGCGAAUGUCGGCGACAAUUUCAAUCCUUUCGCUGUCGAUCGGAAUAAAAGUCCCCUCCCAGGAUUCGGCACCAAUGAUGAAUAUCAAGUCGGAGAUCUUUCGGGUAAACAUGGUUUCCUGAUGCAGGGAUCCAUGGGUGACUCCCAUGAAGCCAUGUAUGUGGAUUUCAAUCUGCCUCUCUUCGGUUCGAGCAGCGUCAUUGGUCGUUCCAUAGUCAUUCAUCAGGUGGAUGGAACGCGCUGGAUUUGCUCGUCGAUUACGUAUCCAACGGAAACCACGACAGCGAUCGCAACUUUCUACUACCCUAUCGUUGGUCAAGUCGUUUUCCGACAAGAAAUCAAUAAUCCAUGGGCAGAGACAACUGUUCUGGCCGAACUGGCAUAUGCCGACGGAACUCAGAACUCAACCGAAGGACAUCGUUUCGAUAUUCACGUGGAUCCUCCGGGGAAAGACUUCUAUAACUGGACCAAAAGGUGCGAGAGUGCAGGCGGGGACUACAACCCCUUCGAAGUCGGAGUUCGCAAGCAGCGCGAAAAAGUCUGUCAUCCUGGUAAUGCAUUCCGAUGCUCUGUCGGAGACCUGAGCAGUAAGUCGGGUCGGCUCGCAGUCACGGCGAAGAAAGGAACAAUCAUGAACAAGUUCUUCUACACCGAUAUCAACCUCCCUCUCAGUGGACCACACAGCAUUCUGCAUCGGUCUCUCGUGGUCCACGACGAUCAGGCCCCGCCCCACCGGGGCGAUCGAUUAGCUUGCACAGUCAUAUCUCCAACGCAUCCCAUAAUAGCGGCAGUGAGACACUGGUCUUACGGGGCGGGCAUUCCGUCGAAUGUUUCUGGAACUAUUGUCUUCAAACAAGAAUCUGAAUUCGACCUGAGCGAAGUGCAUAUAGAUCUCGUCGGCUUAGAGAAAUACGCAUCCGGCUAUCAUGUGCACGAGCUGCCGGUGCCAAUGGAGAAAUCUUUCCCUUGCAACGACGAUUCGGUUCGAGGUCACUUCAACCCACACGGACUCGAUACGGGCUUCGUUCCUCCUCCUGGAAUUGGUUCGGUGGACCAGUACGAAGUAGGCGAUCUCUCCGGAAAGUACGGCACCCUCGAGAAUAAGAACGUCGAACAGAGUUCUCUUCUCGACAAUAACCUCAAUCUUUACGGCAAGAACUCGAUCAUUGGGAGAUCAGUUGUCGUUCACCUCAAAGAGAGAAAUCAGCGAUGGGCGUGUGGAACGAUAUUGCCCGAGAUCCGACGUGAAGAUGGAAGAGAAUUAGUCGCAAUCGCCAACUUCGAUAACCCGAAGGGCUUUGUGCAAGGCUUCGUACGGUUGAGACAAUUGGAGUAUAAGGAUGGUUCAUCUUCGGAAACCUUCAUCGAAGUCGAUCUCAGAUAUCCUGGGAAAUACGACCGCAAUCUGACUAGAGGGCAUGAUUGGGCGAUCUUCGUCAACCAGGUCGGCCACGAUGCCGUGGAACCAAAUGAGAACGUGAGGUGCAUUGCUGCCGGUUACAGGUGGAAUCCUUAUUUGGCGAUAGCAUCCUCGGACAGUUACAAGACCGACUGCACUCCUUCCAAUCCUCUGCGCUGUGAGAUGGGUGACCUGACUGGCAAACAUGGUCAUCUCGUCAUCGGUCAAAGCGGCAGGGCAACUUUCGUCGACCCGAACUUACCGCUCGUCGGCAACUAUUCUGUUCUCGGAAGAUCGGUCGUCAUAUUCGGAAAGGAAGGAUCGGCAAACAAACUCGGUUGCGCGAAUCUGAAACUGGAUAUUCAUUUGAUACGUCACGUUACAGUCAGGAAAUUCCCAGGGUUCACGACUGGGCAGUUCAUGAACCACAUGAGAGAACUUCUCAAUGCAACGGACUGGGUGAUCCAAUCUGACCGUCAAGCCGAGAGAGAAAUCCUGUCCGGUCAAUGUGUUCAGAUGACGGUUCAUUUCUUCGGCACAGAUGCCCACAGGUGGCAGAUCGAAUUCGGGAACCUCAUCGGUCUCGGAAGCGUCAGAAAACAGACUCCUACUGGAUUGCAGCUAAUUAGAACUUUCUACAAACCCUGUAAAACUCUGGAGGAAGAGCUGAACGAGAUAAGCGCCUCGCAGAGGUCUCUGACAUCGCUCUUCUGUGUGAUCGCGCUCCCUCUGAUUGCUUUCCUGAGGACGUUCUGCGUACGGUGACCGAAUCCGAUGGGAUACUGAUGGCUUCUGGGGAGCGUUUCGCGUCAAGCUGGGGCCAUCAGUUGUUAUCGAUAGUGAUUAUUUAAAGACAAACCUUCUGAGCGAGAAUGGUUUUGGGACCAUUGCUCGGAGUACAGUUUGGAGGGUUAUCCUACCUUGUUGAGCUCGCUGAGGAGGCGGCAAUUUCCGACGAGGAUGUCUUCAAGUUCGUGACUGUUUCUCAUGAACAAUCGCCAUAACACGUUCCCUUGGUAUAAUGUAUUCUCUUGUCGACGGUUGGUGAUCUUCUGAUGCGCCGUAGUCUGCGGCGAGGCCAGCAAUCUGAUAUUAGGGAGCAGGGGGGGGCAAAUAUGUUCACCGAAUCGGGGAGAGUGAUCCCGAGCACUGCCCCCUUAGCCUGGGGGAUACCGGGAAUCGCACAUGUCAUUGGGAGCGAUCGCCCCUCUCCCUCUGGCUACGCAACUGGCCGAAGUAUUUCCCUUAAUGGAGUCGACAU